AUGAACAUUAUUGAUAAAAGAAAAAAAAAAAAAAAAAAAAAAAAAAAAAAGAAGAAAAUGAAUAAUUACAAAUUGUUGUUUCAUGCUUUUAUAUAUGGUAUAUUAUCUUUUAUAAAGAUAUGUUAUGGAACCUAUGCAUCUUAUUCAAAUAAUACUUAUUUAAUAGGUCACGUGAAUAAUAUUAUACCUAUACCAAAUAAAUUAGAUAAUUUAAUUCUUCUUUCGAGUUAUGAUGGCGUUGUAGGAUUAUUAAAUUAUAAAACAGGUAAAUUGGAACAUGCGAAAUAUCAUAGAGAAUAUGAGAGUGUUAAAAAACUUUAUGGAGACGAUAAAUAUGCUGCUGCAUUAAUUUAUAAAAAUAAUUAUGGUAAUGACCUGAGUGAAGAUAAUAUAAGAGAAGAUGAAGAUAUGUAUAAUUAUAUAAAUGUAUAUGAUAUUAACAAUUUUUAUUUGUUAAGUUCUUUUGAAUAUAAUAACAACGAAAUUAUUAACGACUUUAUAAUAAAAGGACAGAAUAUAUAUAUUCUUUUAAAAGAUAAAAUUGAUAUAGGUAAUCUAAAUGAUAAUUCAAUAACAUCUAUUAGUUUUAAAGAAUUAAAAUUGGAUCUAAUAUAUAUAAAAAUAAUAAAUGUGAAAGAUGAUAAAAUAAUAAACCUAUUCUAUGUAGAUGCAAAUAAGAAUUCCUAUAUAGGAUCUCUCAACAUUUUGACAAAAAAAAUGAACAAAAUUAAAAAAAUAAAACAAUUAAAUUUAACAAACAAGAAUACUAAUAGUACUACUACUACUACUACUGAUAAUAAUAAUAAUAAUAAUUCUUAUUAUGGUAGUAUAUAUAACAAUAAUGUAGUUAUUAUAUAUGAUUAUGAUUACUUAUAUUGGAUAGAAUUAUUAAAUGAUGAAAAUGAAUAUUUUUAUAAUUAUAUAUCUAUUAAAGACAAAAUGGAGAAGUCAAAGACACAAAAGGGUAAUAAUAUUAAUAAAAAAUUUAUUAUAAAUGAUUAUUUAGAAAAUUGUCAUGUUGGAAAAUACAUAUGCAUAGGCAAAAAAGAUAAUGUAUUAAUAUAUAAUUAUGAUAAUAAAAAAAUGAAUUUCAUAGAAAAAAAAAAUAAGAAAAAUCAAGUCAUUGGAUACUAUCUAAAUAAAGAAAAUGAAAAGGUGAUGAUUAUUGGUGAAGAUACUAAUAACAAUAUAUCAAUUAAACAAGUUAAUAAUGAUAAAAAAAAUAUAUUAUUGCAAGAAUUAAAAAAAAGUAAUAAUAUACAUUAUAAUCCAGAACUUUUAAUAGGUAUAUAUAAUAAAGAAGAAAACGUGAAUUAUUUUUUUAGUAUAUAUAAUGAUUUAACAUUAACUGUAUAUAAAAACAAUAAUGUUUAUUUUACUAGAGAAGAAUCAUUAAUUUAUAUUGAACAAUUAUAUUUUUAUAAUUUCCACCAUUUAAAAAAGCUUAAUAAUACAUCAAGAGGUUUAUAUACUCCUCAAUUUCAUAUAGCUAAAGAAAUAGAAGGUUAUAUUAAAGAUAAAUUAAAUUUAUUUAAUAGUCCAUAUGUACAAGAAUUAAAAAAAAAAAAACAAGACAAUUCAUUAUUACCAUUUUUUCCCUUUCAUUUAUCAAAGGAAGAUAAAAUGAAAUUGUUAAAUAUAUGUACGCUUAAAAAAGAUAAAAGUGAUUUAUUUAUAAUUAAUAAAAAGAAAUUAAAUAAUGAAAAAGAUAAAUCAAAUAAGAUUUCAAAUAAUGAAUAUAUGAAAGAUAAAAGUAUAUAUGAAUUUAUGAAUUCUUUAGUAAAGAAUUCGUUUGAUAAAUAUGCAGAAGAUUUAAGUAGUAAAUAUGCAGGUAGUUCUAUUAUACUUGUAUCUACAUAUAAUAAUUUCAUAUAUGCUAUUCAUUUGUAUACUGGAUUAAUAUUAUAUAAAAUUGACACAAAUGAAUAUAUAAAAAAUGAUAAUAUGUUUGAUAAUAAAAAAAUUUAUCGAUUUCCUAUAAUUACUAAUCAAAAUAAUUGGUCUGAGAUAGACAAUGCAAAAAAAUUAAUAUUUAAUAAUUCGAAUAUUAUUAAUAAUAAUACAAUGAAAGGAAAAAACAAUUCUUCUUUAUCAUCUUCUUCAAAUAUACAUAAUACAAAUAUUAUUUUAAAUGACAAUAGUGUAAUUGAUUUAUUUAAAGGUUUUUCUAAAGAUACCGUAAUUACAAUAUUAAAAAAUAAUAAUCCUAAUAAUAAAAAAGAUUCACAUAUAUUAAUUUUUGAUAUUUUAAAUGGAGAUAUUAUAUACCAAAAGAAAGUAGAAUCCUUUUAUAUUAAAAAUUAUUUUAUUCUUAAGAAUACUUUUUCUUUAAUAGCAAUUGAUGAUUCAUUAAAUACAAAAGUAAUGCAUACCUUAAAUAAUUCACUUGAUUUAAAUAUUAAUGAUGAAGAACUAUAUUUUUAUCAAAUUAAUAAAACAGAUAAUUUUAUACAAGGAUAUCGAUUAAUUAUUUCUAAGAAGAAAGGAACAGAAAAUGUGGAUUUAAUAAAAACAUAUUCCAUCAAUUUAAAUAAUGAAAAUGUUGAAUUAUAUUCUAAAUCAAUAACAAAAAAAGAUAUGUUUUUUCCAAUUAAAAUAAAUAAAGACGCAUCUAUUUGUUAUAAAUAUAUUAAUGAUAAUAUAGUAUCUUAUAUUACUAGUUCAAAAAACAAAACGAAUAAAAUAUAUACAUUAUAUAUAAUUGAUGGUGUUACUGGUAAAUUAUUAUUUUCAAGAAUUUUAGAUAAGUAUGUAAAUCCACCAUUCCAUUUAAUAAUAAAUGAAAAUAAAAUUAUAUUAAAUUAUUAUCAUAAAAAUAUACAUAAAAAUGUUUUCCAUAUUAUUGAAAUCUUAUUAGAUAAACCAGAUCCUGGUUUUUUUAAUCUAAUAACAUCUAAAAAACAAAAAGUUGUCAAUUUAUUUGAUGAAGAAAAUAUUGUAAUUAAUGAAAAGAAUUAUAUUAUAGAUAAUAAUGUUAAAUCAUUUAAUUUUACAGAAACAAAAAGAGGAAUAACAAAUAAACAUUUAUUACUAUUAUUAGAUACUAAUAAAAUAACAUAUUUACCUAUUACUAAUGAUAAAAAUAAUAAUAUAUAUAAAAAUUUAAAUACAUUCAUAACACAUACAGAUAUAUUAUAUAAUUCAAGAGGAUUCAUAUCAAAUGAAAGUCUAUUAGAAUCAACUACUCUUAUAUUUUCAUGGGGUAAUAAUUUAUAUUUUACUUCUUAUCAACCCAAUGGGUCUUUUGAUACUAUUGAAAAAUUUAGCUUACUAUUAUUAUUGUUCUUAAUUCUACUUGUAUUUAUUGGUACUUAUAUUUCAUAUAAUAAGAGAAUAAACAAGAAGUUGUAUGCCAAAUGGGAAUAA